AUGCACGACAACAGCGCAUUCCAUGACAACAUUACAGCCAAGAUCGACGAGCUGGCGCAGCUGCCGCAAACGGGCGUAUCGCUCCAGUAUCUCCUCGAGUUCGGGACGGAUAUUUCCCCUCAGAAACUCAUCCAAUCCGCGCGCUUCUUACACGGAGAAAUGCCCGUCCGAUACGCACAUCGUAUCAAGAAUCUGGAGAAUUUGCCGCAUGGCCUAAGCGACAUGCCGUCGGUCAAGCAGGUGCGUGAAUGGUACGUCAACUCGGCCCAAGAGCUGCUGAGCUUCCCUAAAGUGGAAACCUACCAAGAUGAAUUGGCUUUUCGAAAUUUAAUCGAAAGCAUUAAAGGCCGUCACAGUGGCACAUUAUACACAAUGGCCAAGGGCGUCCACGAGCUCAAGAUGGAACUGUUCAAGUCUUUUACUGAAAAAGAUCAUGGGGUCACCAGGAAAGAACUGGGCCAGAGAUAUUUGAGAUCCCAAGAAUUCGCCGACUUGUCAGACUUGCACUCGUUUCUAGAUGCAUUCUACAUGUCGAGAAUCGGGAUCCGAAUGCUCAUGAGUCAACAUAUUGCUCUCCAUGAGGAAGAGGAAGGGUGGGUCGGGUGUAUCUGUGAGAGCACUUCGCCCGCAGAGAUCGCCCUUGCCGCUAUUGAUACAGCCCGGCACAUGUGCUUGAGGCAAUAUGGAGAUGCCCCUGAGGUUGAGUUGCAUGGGCAUACCGACUUCUCCAUGCCUUUUGUGCCAAGUCACUUGCACCACAUGCUCUUUGAGGUGAUUAAAAACUCAAUGCGUGCGGUGGUAGAAUUCCACGGAGUCGACAAUGACAUGCCGCCCAUUAAGAUCGUUAUUGCGGACGGAGAAGACAAUGAAGAUGUGUCGAUCAAGAUCUCGGACGAAGGCGGAGGCAUUCCUCGCUCGUCAGUCUCGCGCAUUUGGUCGUAUCUCUAUACGACGGCAGAUUCGGAAGCAUUCGAGAGGUUAGAAGCCCCCAACGAUUUCGGUGGGGACUCUCCUCUCGCUGGACUGGGCUACGGAUUACCGAUCAGUCGGUUAUUUGCACGCUACUUUGGUGGAGAUCUCCAAGUGAUCUCAAUGGAAGGGUACGGCACUGAUGCGUACCUUCACUUGAAGCGUGUUGGUGACGUCUCUGAGCCGCUCCCAUAA